GCUCUGACAGACUGACAGUCUGAUCCUUGUGCACAGUGUUAUAAAAAUAAUAAAUAUAAAAAGGACAGAGGUUUGAUUCUGAGCUGAGGGUGAAUUCUCGCUGUGUAAUAUUUGAAUGUAAAGACAAAAGCUGAUGUCCAAAGAAAUGACUGAUGUGCAUAAAUUCAGUAACUUCAGACAGUCCUGAGUAACAAACUAAUAUCCAGCAGGAUUUAGACUGUGACAGACGGUAAAUCUCCGCUAAUGAAUGCGCUUCGAUACAAGCUUUGACACGGACUGAAUGAAUGAGGAAAUGAAACAGCGUGUAAGAGGGAGGAGACAGAGAGAAACUCAGGGUUUAUUGAAGAAAACCUGUCAGCGAGCAGGUUAUGUUCACAGAGUCUGUUACCAUGGUGACUGACUCAGAGUUUCAGUUACCUCUCUGUCUGGAACUGAAAACCCAGAGUUUCCCUCAUCUCAGGGUUAACUUACUCUGAGUUUUCACAUAACCUGCUUUCUGGAAUACCCCUCUGCAGACUCACUCAUCUCACUGUGCAGUUUAUACACUCUUUUACUGUUGGUACACAGUGUGAUGUUUGUUGGUGGGCGGGGCUUAGCUGGAGGCAAAACAGUUCUCCACAGACAUUAGCUAGCGCUAGCUAACAAGUUGUGUUGUCUUGUUUUAGACAAUGGAGGAAGAUGAUGUGAGUGGUGCGUUCAGAAACACUCAUUGUGAGUGUGGGAGCGCACUCUGACACAAACUGGAGCGUUGAUAAAUUGGGAGCGCUGUCUGAAUGUAGCGUUGGGUUAUCCAGAGCAGCGCACUCUCAGAGUGGCAGAGCACACUCUGGACACUCUGUCUGUGGAGACGGAGCAGCAGAGCGCCGAGCGGAGUGAAUGUGUGAUUAACUUAACCGUUGGUUCAUUCAUGUAGAAAUAUAACGCUGCGUUUCUUCCACCAACAGGGCUCUCAUUUUAGUGUAGAGCGUCAGACUGAAUUUACCAACGCACCAUGUCAGGUCACUCACUCUCCGGGACCGCCAGUGUUACUUGAAUAAGUAAACACUGACCAACGGGACCAGACUGGCCGACCCGUAUGCUCUCACUCAGUGGAUGGAUGAUGUCACAGGAAGCCAAUCUUACAAAGGAGGACCACACUUGUUUGUUUUGCUAUGGAAGCUAACGUUAGCUAAUGUGCUAAAAAGUUAGCGUUGCAGAGAAAUCCAAUCUUCCUCUUAAUCCCUCCCCAGUUUCUGAUGAGGUGGACAUGAUAACCCUUAAUACACAUAACCUUAUUCAUCCCUACAACAGGAAAUACUUUUUCCCUAACCUGAUAUGAAGUGUGCGCUGCACAUGUGAGCAUUUUUGAUGAUGGCCUCCGUCCAGUCAUGUCAUCGUGACGUUGGCACUAAAAGUGUCUGUUCAAAUGUCUGAAGAGUCAAACUGUGUUUGUUCAGCGGGUCUCAGCUCUGAGUCAGAGGUCAGGACCUGUUAUCUGACCUGCUGUGUGUGUGUGUGUGUGUGUGUGUGUGUGUGUGUGUGUGUUUACUGCAGCUGCUCCUCCUCUCAGAAACUCUCUGAUAAGUCACGCUGACCUGAACCUGAUCCCCGAGUCACACCCUGAACUCUUGUCUCUCACCGUUCUAACAUGUGUCAGUAGUUUGAUCUGUUUCACAUCUUUAUUCUGAUGAUCACCUCUGUGUCUCAGGACAUCAUCUGAUUCCAUCAGGAUAUUUUUAUUGUCAUUCACUAAAACACAGAGUCAGAUUCCUGAUGAGUGAAAACCUGCUGGAAGUGACCCGGGUCCUUGGUCAGGUCGUCAUUUGUAUUGGUUGUCAGUUUCUGACGAGGUCAGAUUAAAGCUGCAGUAGAAAGCCUGAAAACGGUUGAUUUUUGAGUCUCAUCUGAGUUAGGUUUCGUUCGUCUCCGCCCUGAGCCCCUCCUACCAGACGAGCAUGCGAGUAUUUUAUCCUACUUGGUUCUAUUUCUCCCUCGCGGGCCCGCACAUACACCCGAAACUCGCUCUCGCUCUCCGCAGAGGGCCCUUGGCUCCGCUCCCACGGCUGACCCUUGCGCCCUCCGGCCGGGCCCGGCCCCACCUCACCUUUCCCCUCCCUCCGGGGCUCCGGGGAACCGAGUUCUGUCUUCCUUUUUUUGGGUUUAGCCAUGUAGGCAGUUGUAGCCAAUGCUGGAAUAGCUAUUUCACCUGGUGCACUGUUCGCCAUUGCCGCUUGCUCUCCCCUUCUGCCGGCGGCACAGGAACGUGCAUAUGCAGUAGAACAGCCAAUAGGAACGCAGUGGUCUGAGCUGACCUUUGAUUGGUUGAUGCACAUUGGCACGAUACUGAUUCUUUAGAGGCUGAACACAGAGCCAUGGUGAGGUGCAGAAACUUAUUGUUUGUCUCAGACCACUUGAUUUACAUUAUGCUGAGAGGACAUUAUAAAACUUUACUCAUUUAUACCAAAACAAUGUUGCCUACUGAGCUUUAAGGUCAGUAUAAAAAUUAAAUGUCUAAACCUGCAGAGUCACUUCACUCAGGUUCACUCAGGUUCAGUCAGACUCAGUCAGGAUCAGUCAGGCUCAGUCAGGUUCAGUCAGGCUCAGUCAGGAUCAGUCAGGCUCAGUCAGGUUCAGUCAGGCUCAGUCAGGCUCAGUCAGGUUCAGUCAGGCUCAGUCAGGCUCAGUCAGGUUCAGUCAGGCUCAAUCAGGCUCAGUCAGGUUCAGUCAGGUUCAGUCAGGAUCAGUCAGGCUCAGUCAGGCUCAGUCAGGAUCAGUCAGGUUCACUCAGGUUCAGUCAGGCUCAGUCAGGCUCAAUCAGGUUCAGUCAGGCUCAGUCAGGUUCAGUCAGGAUCAGUCAGGCUCAGUCAGGUUCAGUCAGGUUCAGUCAGGCUCAGUCAGGAUCAGUCAGGUUCAGUCAGGUUCAGUCAGGCUCAGUCAGGCUCAAUCAGGUUCAGUCAGGCUCAGUCAGGUUCAGUCAGGAUCAGUCAGGCUCAGUCAGGCUCAAUCAGGUUCAGUCAGGCUCAGUCAGGCUCAGUCAGGUUCAGUCAGGCUCAGUCAGGAUCAGUCAGGUUCAGUCAGGCUCAGUCAGGCUCAGUCAGGAUCAGUCAGGCUCAGUCAGGUUCAGUCAGGAUCAGUCAGGAUCAGUCAGGUUCAGUCAGGUUCAGUCAGGCUCAGUCAGGAUCAGUCAGGCUCAGUCAGGAUCAGUCAGGCUCAGUCAGGAUCAGUCAGGCUCAGUCAGGUUCAGUCAGGAUCAGUCAGGAUCAGUCAGGUUCAGUCAGGUUCAGUCAGGCUCAGUCAGGAUCAGUCAGGCUCAGUCAGGAUCAGUCAGGUUCAGUCAGGCUCAGUCAGGAUCAGUCAGGCUCAGUCAGGUUCAGUCAGGAUCAGUCAAGAUCAGUCAGGCUCAGUCAGGCUCAGUCAGGAUCAGUCAGGUUCAGUAAGGUUCAGUCAGGCUCAGUCAGGUUCAGUCAGGAUCAGUCAAGAUCAGUCAGGAUCAGUCAGGCUCAGUCAGGUUCAGUCAGGAU